AUGUGGAAUGAUUUAAAGGACACUAUAAUCAAGAUAAUAAAUGCUGAAAAUGAUGAUAGAAUAAGGAUAAACCGGUUGAGGACUAUGAGGCAAGGUGAAAAAGAAACAGUAAGGGGUUAUGCAAGCAGAUUCGAAGCAUACAUAAAUGCAGUUAAAAACAAGGUAAGAAGUUAUGAACAAAGGGACUGGUUCUUAGACGGUCUACGUGAACCAUAUUGGUUUAAGGUGGAGACAUUCUGUCCAACAAGUUAUGUCAAGGCGAAGGAUUGUGUGCUUCAAAUUGAGACCUUCCAGAAGGAUAGAGAACGAUAUGGGGACAGAAAAUCUGUACCAAUAGUAGAAGAAAAGUCUCAAUCAACCGACACAGACAUUGAUAACAUUAUGGCUGCACUCGGAGCUUUAAUGAUUAAUCAUGUAAAACAGGAAACUAAUGAAGUUAGUAGAAUUGACAAAAUUGAGGCUGAUGUGAGAGAAAUGGCAAGGGCAGGAUGA